AGGUGUAACUUUACGCUCGUACCGUGGACAGCUGCCACACUGGACUCGGACUGAGCAGAACCGUCGUUCCUGUGAUGCCCCAGGGUGGGCUGAGCUGGUCCGGGUCGCGAUGCCUUAUGUGGACCGACAGAAUCGCAUCUGUGGCUUCCUGGACAUCGAGGAGAAUGAGAGCAGCGGCAGGUUCCUGCGCCGAUACUUCAUCCUGGACACCCAGCAGGGCAGCCUGCUGUGGUUCAUGGACAACCCACAGAAUCUGCCUAAAGGUGCAGAGAAGGUGGGAUCUCUCCAACUCACCUACAUCUCCAAGGUCAGCGAUGCCACCAAACUCAGACCAAAGGCAGAGUUCUGCUUUGUUGUAAAUGCAGGAAUGAGGAAGUUUUAUCUGCAGGCCAACGACCAGCAAGAUUUGGUGGAAUGGAUCAGUGUUCUCAACAAUGCCACCAAGAUCACUGUGCCAAAGCCAGGCGAGGGCCAAACGACGGCCCACACAGAGACCCCCCAGGAAGUACUCGGAGCCAUGAAACAGGUCUCCUACAAGACUGAAAUCAUAGGAGGAGUCCCCAUCACCACCACCACACAGGAGCAGGGGGAGGGGCAGAACGAGGCGGAGCGAGGAGGUUUGAAGCGGGGUCAGAAUCAUCUGCCCUACUUCCUGUCCAGAGGAGUGCAGGACCAGGCCAUCAUCAAGGCCGGAUACUGUGUCAAACAGGGGGCUCUGAUGAAGAAUUGGAAGAGGAGGUACUUCAUGCUGGAAGAAAACGCCAUCAGCUACUUCAAAUCUGACCUGGAGAGGGAGGCGCUGAAAGUCAUCCCGCUGAAGGAGAUUCACAAAGUUCAGGAGUGCAAACACAGUGACCUGAUGAUGAGGGACAACCUGUUUGAAAUGGUCACCAGCUCCAGAACCUUCUACAUACAGGCUGACAGUCCAGAGGACAUGCACAGCUGGAUUAAGGCCAUCUCAGGGGCCAUCGUGGCUCAGCGGGGCCCCGGACGCUCUGCUACUGAACCCAGUGACCACUCCUCUCCCUCCCCAACAUCCUCCUCCACCUUCUACUACCCCGACCAGGACCUGCCCCACUCACAACCCUCAGCGGGCCCUCAGCUUCGCGCUGGACUCCCACCAGCAGGAGAACUUCCUGGGCCUGCUCCCGUGGAGGCUGAGCGGCGUCCCCUCCGUGAUGAUGCCCCUCCCCUCGGCGCGCUCCCGCCUGUCACUGCAGGAGACGGUGCUGUCGCCAAAGUAACGGAGGACCAGUGGCCGUGGAAGCCGCACAGCGAAAUGGGGUUUAAUGGCGGCGGUGGCGGAGAGGAGGAGCUAAACAGUCGCACCACUGAGAAAUCUGACAUGCAGAUGACCCUGAUUUGAUUUGAUGAUUGACAAUCUCUAAAGGGGACACACACACACACACACACACACACACGCACACUGAAAGGUGCUCUGUGUGCUCAGAAAUCUACCAAACUACAAAACGUCCUGGGACCAUUUAGUUUUUGUAUGCGUGUGCACAUGUGGAGUAGGACCUUCUUCCUCUGCCGUCUCUUCCUUCACUCUUGUCUUCCCGGAUAUUAUUUUACAAAGUAUCGCUGCUGACGAACAAAAACCAUGUUGUCAUGCAAAGAUAAACCGAUGUGUGAUGUCGUACAGUGAAGGUUUUGAUCCGUUUCAGUAGCGUGAACACAUGAACCCGGCCCACCGCUGUGCGCUGAGCCGGGUUCAUGGUUCAUGUCAGAGACGGACGAACCAAAGUUUGUAGUUGUGUUGUUUUCUACAGCAACAGCUCAGAUGUCCGUGUCGACGCUGCAGAGAGACUAACUAAUCCAGAACCUCCGUUUGUUUUGUAAGACAAUCCAGCUUGAUGUUAAAACUCUUUGAUCCUAAUUACCGUCUCUUCUUCUUCUUCUCCAGUAGAAACGUGGUCCUGUCAAACAAACGUUUUAGUGCUUUAGAGCUACAAAGUCCUGAUUCACUGGUGUUUCUACGUCUGCACGUUGUUUUCAUCUUCUUGACCAACACAUUUCCUGCCGGCGUCUCAUAGAAUUCCGAGAUCAAAGUCGUACAUUUUCAAUAAAAAAGAACCUGGAUGUUCUCCGAGAUUUUAAUGUCAUAAAUUCUGUAUGAAAAAAUCUACAAUUCUCUCUUUGAUUAAAGUCACAAAUUUACAAGAAUAAAUCUUGUUUUCUGUGCUCAGUACUUGAUGAGGUGAAGUGAAUCUGCGUGGAGCUUCAGCUUAGAGUUGAACUUGGGAGAAUUAGCUCAGAUUUAAAAGUGAACGAGAACUCAACUUUCAACCUUAAUCCCUAAAAUUGACCACGGCUUCAAACAUUUAGGACCAGAGAUGCAGAGUUAUUAGCUUCUAUCAAUCUGCUUUGUUUUUAAAUGAUCUGCAUGAAUUCAAUAACUUUCUAAAUUACAAAAGAUUUUAAAUCUUUCAACUGAAGCAAAAACCUGAAUUUGACCAAAGGAGUGAGGAUGGACUGUUGCAUGACUCGUCCUCGUUCUGCUGAGCGCUCGCAGUGAAACACUUCAAAUGUUUCUGUUAAUAAACGGACUGAAGUGUUUUCAUUCACUCACCACCUGCACAUUCACCGCUCUUCUUCUGUGACUCCAGCUGUUGAUGUAUUUGUGUUGUUGGUUCGAGGAUCUAUUGUUGGUUUGUUCUGCACAUUUAGUUUCUUGUGAUUUGGGAGCUGCAGGCGAGCAGAAGGCUCGCCUGCAGCUCUGCUGGUUGUGGGUGUUUUUAAUGAUCUGGUGUGCUUUUAAUUUUGAUGAUUUAUUAUUUACAUUGAGGGAAAACAAACUACAUAUAUGUACUGAUUUGUAUGAACACGUGUGCAUGGACCCCCCCUCCAUUGCUGUUCCCUGUUAAACAUAUGUUGGGUGAAGUGCCUGCAUUGUUCUUUCUAAACAGAUGAUACAAUGAGCUGUUCUGACCCUUUUUAUUGUGUAUGUGAUUCAAAGACCAUGUGCUCUGUUUAUUAAAGACUUUUGAACAUA